CCUUGGUCACAAGUUCUUUAAAAUUUGAGCAAACGCUAUAAAUACUAUCAAAAUUCGAGCGAGGAAAAAUAAUGGCGAUCGAUAAGCCAAAAUCUCCUAAGCGAAAGAAGCUGAAGGGCAACCAUCCUCUGAAGGCACGAUCUGCUAUCAGCAGAAACAAGAGUAAGAAGUUUAAUCGUAAAAACGCUAACUUCGUACCUCUUGGGAAGAACAAGUUCAUUGACGACAUCAAGGAGAAGGGUAAGGAUAAGGAGGAGGUGAGGACGACGAAGAAGGAGAUAGUAAAUUCAAAGGUUGAAACUGUGCUUCUCUCAUCACUUCCAGCCGCGCAGCAACUUGAUUUCUUCUUGGAUCGCUUCCAGUCAGCAAAUAAAUCCAAACUAUCGCCAUUGGAGUUGGAGGCGUACAGAGAUACAUGCAUGGUUGAACUCUCUAAGGAUGCCAAUCAAGAUGCAGAAAAUAUAAAUAAACAUAUUAAGGAUGCUUUCGGAGAAUCAUGGAAGGAAGUUCUUUGUGAUGGAAAUCUUUUCGAAGGAACUAUUGAACCUGGAAGUCCAGCAGUGCUUAUUAUCAGUGUCUCUGCUUUAAGCUCAUUGGAACUUCUCAGAGGUUUGAAAGUAUAUACCAAAAAUUGCCGACCCGCAAAGCUUUUUGCAAAGCACAUGAAAGUGGAAGAGCAGAUUGAAUUGCUAAGGAGCCGAGUGAACAUUGCAAGCGGAACUCCUAGCAGGAUAAAGAAGCUGAUCGACAUGGAUGCGUUAAUGCUUUCACGCCUAGCCAUAAUUGUUCUAGACAUCCGAAGGGAUGUUAAGGGCUAUUCUCUUCUCACACUACCGCAAGUGAGUGCUGAAUUCUGGAACUUAUAUAGAGCUCACUUAAAUGAGAGAAUUAUAGAAGGUAGUACGAGGAUAUGCUUCUACGGUCUUGCUGAACUUCCAAAUUCCAAGCAAAAGUGACAAAGUUGGCUGAAGAGAUAAUAUGUUUGGAAGAAGAAUCAGUUCAGAUUAAAGUACAAGAAUCAGCCGCAAUUGAGGAAUCAGUUGAUUGGAGACAUCUGCUCUAUAAUAUUCAAUGCAGGAGAUAUUUAUUCUCUCUAUAAUUUAUUUUUAUUAUUUAAUUUGUCUUAAAUUCUAGCUUAUUUUAUCGUGGUAAUAUGCUUAAAUGUUACUUUCCAAGCUGCAUAUUUGUAGUUUGGGGGAAUUUUGGUAGAUAAUGAUAGUUGAAUGCUAAGCAGUAAUGGUUUAU